AAAUAAACACUAAUUCCAAUCAAAUUUUUAAUUUUUACAGAUUUCCUUCUUUUUUGUAUGUUGCAUUUGGGCAAAUGCUUACAACAGUUGUAACACUUUAUUUACUUAAACGCCUCAAAUUUUUGUCUUUUCCUAAAAUGGAUGUUUCCAUCCCAGAAAAAAUAUUUCCGUUGCCUAUUUUCUUUGCAGUUAAUUUAAUUGCCGGUCUAGGCGGAACCAAAAUUAUCAGUUUACCAAUGUUUACAGUUCUAAGACGGUUUUCUAUAUUUUUAACAAUGCUUUUUGAAUAUUUUAUUCUUGGAAUAAUACCUACUUUUGGUGUUAAAUUUAGUGUCUUUUUGAUGAUUUUUGGUUCAGCAAUAGCAGCAAUGUUUGAUCUAUCAUUUGAUUCACUUGGUUAUUUACUUAUUUGUUUUAAUAAUUUUGCAACGGCUCUAAACGGUGUUUAUAUGAAGAAGAAAUUGAACUCCAAGGCUGGUAAGAACGGAUUACUCUUCUACAAUUCAUUAUUUAUGUUGUUGCCUUUAAUUGGUUUUAUUCUUUUAAAUAAUGAAGAAACUGAAAAGUUGAGGAUAUAUAUCGAUCAAGGCUAUUUAACAAUUCCCGUUUUACUCUUUUUACUCCUUUCUUGUAUUGGAGGUUUAUUAUUAAAUUAUUCUGUUGUUCUGUGUACAUCACACAAUUCUGCAUUAACUACUGUUUGUGUUGGGCCGAUAAAAAAUAUGUUUGUAACAUAUAUUGGAAUGAUUAGCAGCGGAGAUUAUAUAUUUACUUGGAAUAAUUUUAUUGGAAUUAAUAUAUCUGUUUUUGGGUCAAUUUUGUAUACUUAUGUAACCUUUCGAACGAAUGAAAGAAUUAUAAGUAGAACAGAUAUUGCUUCAAUAAAAAUAAAAGAGGGUGAAAGGGAAACACUUUUAUAA